GGGAAGAGGUGGCAGGGGGGCAACUCCCAAGGGACUCUCCAGAAUGAAAGACAGUGCCAGAACAAAACGACCAGGACGGCGGUCAAGAGAUCUGGAACUUCCAAAGAUGGCUCUAGCUAUAGCACACGAAGGUGGAGUUACGUGGGAUGCAAAGUGGCAACCAGCAGAAGGAAGGAAUGCCGUUGCCAACUAUCAAGACCGGGAAUUUCUACGCCUUGGUUUUCUUGCGCUAGCACUAGGUGACGGGUCGUUGCAAGUGUUUGACGUGCCAUUGCCGAAGGUAUUUGAGACUUUGGAUUCCAAGGGUGUUCCUAUGGUCGUUUCCAUGGCGCCGGUAUUCAAAUGCUCGGAGCUGAGAAGCGGUGGUCAAAAGAGUAUUCCGCUGACUCUUGAGUGGUCAACCUCGUCUCCACAUGACUUGCUCCUCGCCGGUUGCCAUGACGGGACGGUUGCACUCUGGAAAUUCACUCCUACUAACGCCAACGAGGAAACUCGGCCUCUAUUGUUUUUCAUAGCGGAUAGUUUUGCUUUGCGUACCAUAGCAUGGGCACCUUCUCACAGUGGUAUCGAGGGGGAACACAUAGUUGCGACCGGUGGCCACAGCGGUCACUUGAAGUUUUGGGAUCUAAGGGAUCCUUUUCGGCCGUUGUGGGAACUGAGACUGUCUAGAGGACAGAUUUUAUGCAUGGAUUGGCUUGAAGUGCCAAGAUGUAUCUUGGUGACCUUGGACGAUGGGACGCUGCGGACCAUCAGUUUAAACAACGCUCUGUCUGAUACACCUGUUACAGGGAAGCCUUUCACAGGGACUCAAGCUCAAGGGGUGCAAUCUUACUACUGCUCCUCUUUUGCAAUUUGGAACAUUCAAGUGUGCCGGAAUACAGGCUUUGUAGCAUAUUGCAGUGCUGAUGGAUCGGUUAUUCACUUUGAGCUAAGUGAAAAAGCAAUAGAGAAAGGAGGUACACGCUACAGGGAACCUCACUACCUAUGUGGUGCCUUCGCAGUGAACAGGGAGAAGAAGGCAUUAGUCAUAGUUUCUCAGGAUUUCCAGGGGCCCGUUCAAAUGAAAAGGUCACUCACGGAAUGGAGCUUCACACCGAGGUCCAAACGGGGAUUUACCGUUAGUGUCAACCAGGAAAUGAGAGCAAGCAGCAUAGCUGCAGGUCUUUUACCACCUACAGCAGACAGCCCAAACAAGAAAAAGGGAAAGAGGGGGAGGAAAAAAAACGCUCCCAGUGCCGACAGUCCGGUAGUAAACGUGGAAGAAACCGAAGGAUUUCCCGGGCCAAUGGACUUGGAAGAACCUCAAACACCGGCUGGAGGAGCAGGACAGGCAGGAGCGUUGGUUUGCAAGGAAGAGAUUUUAGAUAGUGCCUUGGAUACCAGCGGUAAAGCCGUGCAACCUCCAAACACGGUGGAAGAGAUGCCUUCAAAGCUAGUGGCAGUUCACAGGGUCAAGUGGAACCCGAACAAGAGCAGCGCUGGCUGGGUGUGUUACGGUGGAGCUGCUGGUAUCAUUAGAUGCAGGCUGGUAUCGUCAACCACAUAGAAAUGUAUGUAUCCUAUCCUUUUUUUUCUCCUUGUUUAUUCCAUCUUCUUUGUUCAGUUA